AUGGGCACCAGAAUCCGCCAGACUUAUUGUGCCAACGUGGAGGCCGCCGUCAACAGCCUGGUUAACCUGCAUCUGCGGGCCUCGCAGACCUACCUCUCUCUGGGCUUUUAUUUCGAAGGCGACGAUGUGGCUGUGGAGGGCGUGGGCCACUUCUUCCGCAAGUUGGCUGAAGAGAAGCGUGAGGGCGCGCAGCGUCUCUUGAAGUUUCAAAACCAGUGGAGCAGCCUCGCCCUCGUCCAGGAUGGGGAGAAGUCGUCCCAAGAUGAGUGGAGUGGCAGCGUGGAUGCCAUGGAAGCCGCCAUCGUCCUGGAGAAGAAGGUGAACGAGGGCAUUUUAGAUCUGCAUGCUCUGGGUUCUGCCAACGCAGACCUCCAUCUCUGUGAGUUUCUGAAGAGCCACUUCCUGGAGGAGGAGAUGAAAGUCAUCAAGAAGAUGGGCGACCACCUGACCAACCUCCGUAGGCUGGCCGGCCCGGAGGCCGGGCUGGGCGAGUAUCUCUUCCGCCGGCUCACCCACAAGCACAACUAG